AUGUCUGUGCAGUACUGCGGUCCAGAAUGCCAAAAGUCCCAUUGGCCUCAACAUAAAUUAGCCUGCAUGUCACCACUGAGGCAGGGAGCGUGGCAGCCGGCUUGUGCUCUAGAAAGUCGACUGCCUUCAGUUGUUCAAGGGCCCCUUAACCAAUUUAUUGGACCGAAUACACACCUGCGGGGCAAUUCUCCUGCGAUUGACGUCCUUCAGCUUGACUCAAAUGAAGGACGUCAUUAUGAUCAUGAUCUCCGUCUCUUGUUUGCCGCUCAGGAGACCUCCAGAAUUUCAUUGAAAUAA